GAACUACGCACACCUUGUGUUCUACGUCACGAUAUCUCUUGAUACGAUAUUCGUGGUGUUUUGCUCCACUGGCUCGUUUAAAGAGCAAGUGUAUGACAGAUAUCUGAUGAACAGAGAGAAUAACUUAACUUUCAACAUCUGUGCUGGUGAAUAUGGAUGUUCUGGUACCUUCGGGAGACCCAGAAGGGGGAGGCAGUGAUGACUUAACAGGGCAGAAGAAGUCUAGGUUAAAGUCCUUAAAGUCACAGCUGUUCGGGAAGAUAAAGAGAAAAGAUAAUGAUGGCAGCAUGAAGCAGACUCAGUCUGAAAGUGACAUCACAUUGGGUUUUAAAAACUCACAGCAUGAGGACUCCCAAGGCAUGCUGGGAUACCGUGCAUUUUCACAUGAUAGCAUUUUCCUGGCAGAAGACCGUCAUUCAGACCCUGAGCCACAAAGAGGUCUGUCUCAUGAGAACAUUCAUGGGAAAAUUCAAGCACUACAGAUGAAACUCCAGCAGCAGAAGAUGCAUUUAGGUCCGCAGCCCCAGCAGUUGCCCAUUAAACAUCAUGAACACAUAGGUGCAGGUUCAGAAGAGGAAGGACAUUAUCGAAUCUCCAAAAGCAUACCGAACAAGGUGUCCUCUGGGCCACUUUCCCCACAACCCAUUACCCCAGUAUCUUCACCCGUCUCCCCAUUUGCCCCAAGCUCAGGAGUGGACUUAAGCAUUCCUCCCCAGUUCUCUUCCCUCCUGGACAACUCUGCUGCCCGUCACCGAAUGUCUAUUAAACCUAAGAACCAACGAGCAAGUGCCAAGAACAAGAGAACAGUCACCUCAGCUGAAAACAGAGCACGAUCUGAGAGUAUGAACAACUUGGAACAUUCAUUGACUGACAGAGAGGAAGGAUUGCUUGCUAAAGAGUCUCCCCAUAUUCGCUCAUGUUCCUCUAAGAUCGUACACACAAGUGACAAGCAAACUGCUACACAAAGGAAGAGCACCCCUCCAGUUUCAAAUGUAAUGUCUCUACAGUGUCAUGAAGAAAGUAGACAAGUUUCAGCUGAAUCUAAGAAUGAGAGAAACCUCAUGUCCACAUCUCCUCAGAGCCCUGGCCUAAUGGAGCUGAUUCCAGUUAAGACGCCAAUCUCCACCACAAGACAAGAGGUUACAAAGGAAAGCAAAUGCCUUCCAAGAUCAGAUGAAGACCAAGCUGCCAAACCUCCAAGCCCAGUGCUGUCAAUUGACAGAAAAGGGAAAGGAGAUGUGUAUAGCUCCAGACUGCCUAGGAACAGCCAAAGCAGCCUUUUGUCAACUUUAGGGACACAUGUUGAGGCCACACAAAUGACAAGUAUUAUCCAAGAUGAGAGAAAGUCUAAUGAUGUGGUAAUACAAAGAAAAAACAUGGACACAUUAGGCAAAUGUAGUGUUCAGAAUGCAGGCAAUGUAGAAAAUUACCAUUUCUCUUCUCAAGCUCCAGCUAAUGUGAAACGUGCAGUGAAUUUGAGACCAUCUUCUUUGAGAAGAAAUGCACCUUCUACAGAUAAAACAUGCGAGUCAAAUACCUGUUUGCCAGUCAUGACAGUGUCUAUUGACAGUCAGGAAGAACACAAGACAGAGUCCACAAAAUGGCAGAGACCACUAUCUGGAUCAUUCCACUUCACUGUCUCUUCAGACAAGAUUGAAGGGCGUCCAAGAACUGCAAGCUUUACUGGAGUAAUUGGACAGACCGGACUGAGAAAAGAACCUCUGUCUCCUUCCAAACCACCUUUAACUUUCAACAUAAAGGGCCAACUUAGUUCACAAGCUGAGAAAGGAAAAACAGACCCAAGCUGUAGCGUACUACCAGAGUUGCCAAAGGUAGGCCGAGUACCCAGUCAUCAAGAGAUACCAACAAAGUUUUCUGAUCCAGCAACGAAUCACCCACAAUCCCAGGAUAUUGAGAGCAAUCAGGACAAUGGAAUGCAGGAGCUUGGGGUAGAGGCUACAGAGGCAGAGGCACAUGAGGGAUUGGAGGAAGCAGAGGAGACAGGAGAGGAUGUGACAAACAGUGCCAAGGAAGGUAAAGAGAAGGACACUUCAAAUGCAUUUGGAGUAAAACUGCGUUCCACAUCUCUUUCACUAAAGUUCCGCCUGGACAAGGCACAGUCAGAUAUCAAAAUAAAACAACAUCGUUCUGAGCUCUCCACGCUUGCUCCGCCCCUGGCCUUACAGUCUAAUUUAACCAGUUUCAUGGAACGUGAGGACCAUCACACUAGCAUUGGCUUGAAACCCAAACACCCUCAACUCAAAACCAAUGAGUCCUCCAUAUCCAGUUGCACACUCAAGAGUGUCUGUCAAGACAAGGAGAGACCUGCCCUACUUAGACAGAACGAACCUCCUCCGUCCUCAUCAUUACCCAGCAAAGCCACUAAGAUAGUACCUUCACUUCCUAAAGAAACUGCAGACUUGCCCCUGAAAGAGCCAAUUUCAGUCUCCUCUCAGGAGAAUGCAACAUCUACAACCUCUGAGUUGUCCUGGAUGGAGAUGGCUAGAGAGAAGACUAGAAGUCUACAACAGCUUUUUACUAGUAGACUACCUGAGUUCCCUGGCUUGUAUACAACCACACGACCAACAACCUUGAACACAGCACAGACACAAACCCAAAAAUCCACCUCUCAAGAUAAUGUAAUAACCACCCAAAACAUUACAAGCCAGCAUACGCAGCUUCAAAUGUGGCCUACAGACACGACUGCAAGAAAUAUGCCAUCUGCGCAGUCUUCUGGAAGAUCCACACAACAUGUGCAAACCAAUAGAACAAUGAGCCAACCUUCAGCAACACAAACCUGUACAACCACCAGUCAAUCACAAGUUGAAAGUACCAGAGAAGUCCUGUUUCAAUCGAAACCACAAAAUAGUAAUUCAACACCAAAACCAACUCAGUCUUCAGUUACAAGCACAUCCAACACACAACCCACCACUCACACUAUACAUAGAGCAAAACCAUCACAACCACAGACUCCACCCAUCCAACAGGCAUCACCACUGCGUUUAGGACCCUUCCAAGCAUCACAUACCUCCAUACAGUCUAUACCUUUUCCAGCAAACCCUUGCCUAUCAUCAAGCCCCAAAAUAACAUCCAACCUGAUGCCCCAACAAUCUGCCAAUACUGUCUCAAAGGAUCAACCCCAAAAUGAGGGCGGUGAGUCCUCCACAGCUGCAGGGAAAGCUGAUAGAAUAGGGGUUCAGGGGAAGGGAACUGGAAUUGAGGAUGGUAAACCAAUGGGGGCAGCAGGAUUGGGAAUCAAGCCCCCACAGAUGCAGGGAUGGGAAAACCAAUCUACUUCGGCAACCAAGGCAGGUGAGCAGAAAGACACACCAGAGUCACCAUCAUCUCCUCUGCAGUUCGUUCGAAACAGUGGCCAGCCUUCGUGGAUGGAACUGGCCAAACGGAAGUCACUGGCAUGGAGUGAUAAGACUACGGACUAAAAUAAAACAGUCUAAGGGAGAGCUCAACAGUAGAAAUAUUGAAAGGAUGCUGAGUCUGUGUAUAAGAUUGGAAAGCAAUUUCAUGUUAAAGCAUCUAAUGAAGACCCAUGUCAAAACUGUCAUCAAUAUGCAAGUCAAACUGAACUACGUUAGAGAGUGAUCCAGUGUGAUUUGGAUAUGAAGCACUAUUGUUAAUGUUGUUAACAACCGCAUAUUCAACAGACAGUCUCAAAGAGUGUAGGUACCAACAUUAUGGCACUGAAACAUAAAUAACAUUUUAUGGUUAAAGGGAAGAAAGUCUUUUCCAGUCAGGAUGCCUUGAGGGUGAAUAACACAUGGGGAAAUGUUGUUUUGCUUGUGAAAUAUUCCUUUAAGAGUAGCUGGUAGUGCUUGCGUGAACCUAUUUCACAAACGCACCACAGAGCGGCACAACAGAACACAGUUGUGUGAAAGUAAAACAGAGGAGAAAAGGAAGGGGAAGAACCAAAUGGAGGUUAUGAUUCAAAUUAAAGCACAUGAGUGAGAUCUUUGGAAGACAAUAAGACUCUUAUCCACUUACAUUUGUGCAUUUUCAUCAUUUCUGAUGUUCGCCACAUUGUAUCAUUGCUUUUACUAUGUUAAAAUAUGAAGUAAUUUUCAACUAUGAUUAAUUUUCCUUUCCAAUUACACAUUUUAUUUAU